AUGGCAGAAAAUGACGUGGACAAUGAGCUCCUGGAUUACGAAGACAAUGUGGAGACGGCCGGGGGGGGGGGAGGGGGGGGGAGGGGGGACGGAGCCGAGGCCCCUGCCAAGAAAGAUGUGAAGGGUUCCUACGUCUCCAUCCACAGCUCUGGGUUCCAUGACUUUCUCCUCAAUCCAGAGCUGCUCCAGGCCAUCGUAGACUGUGACUUUGAGCAUCCGUCCGAAGUUCAGCAUGAGUGUAUUCCUCAGGCCAUCUUGGGAAUGAAUGUCUUGUGCCAGGCCAAGUCAGGCAUGGGAAAGACAGCUGUGUUUGUGCUGGCCACGCUGCAGCAACUGGAGCCAGUCACUGGUCAGGUUUCUGUGCUGGUGAUGUGUCACACACGGGAGCUGGCCUUUCAGAUCUGCAAGGAGUACCAGCGCUUCUCCAAAUACAUGCCUAAUGUCAAGGUGGCGGUGUUUUUUGGUGGUCUAUCAAUAAAAAAGGAUGAGGAGUUGCUGAAGAAGAACUGCCCACAUGUUGUCGUGGGGACCCCAGGCCGUAUCUUAGCCCUGGCCCGAAAUAAGAUCCUCAAUCUCAAACACAUUAAACAUUUUAUCUUGGAUGAGUGUGACAAAAUGCUCGAACAGCUCGACAUGCGUCAGGAUGUCCAGGAAAUUUUCUGCAUGACCCCCCGUGAGAAGCAGGUCAUGAUGUUCAGUGCCACCCUGAGCAAAGAGAUCCACCCUGUCUGCCGCAAGUUCAUGCAAGACCCAAUGGAGAUCUUCGUGGAUGAUGAGACGAAGCUGACUCUGCAUGGGCUGCAGCAGUACUACGUGAAGCUGAAGGACAAUAAGAAGAACCGAAAGCUCUUCGACCUCCUGGAUGUUCUGGAGUUCAACCAGGUGGUGAUCUUCGUGAAAUCUGUGCAGCGCUGCAUUGCCCUGGCCCAGCUCCUAGUGGAACAGAACUUCCCGGCCAUUGCUAUCCAUCGUGGGAUGCCCCAAGAGGAGAGGUUGUCCUGGUAUCAGCAGUUCAAGGAUUUCCAGCGUCGUAUUCUUGUGGCCACUAACCUGUUUGGCUGGGGCAUGGAUAUUGAACGAGUAAACAUCGCCUUCAACUAUGAUAUGCCAGAGGACUCAGACACCUACUUACACAGGGUGGCUAGGGCAGGCCGGUUUGGUACAAAGGGUUUGGCCAUCACAUUUGUAUCAGAUGAAAAUGACGCCAAAAUCCUCAAUGACGUCCAGGAUCGCUUCCAGGUCAACAUCAGUGAACUGCCCAAUGAGAUAGACAUCUCUUCCUACAUUGAGCAGACUCGGUAGAGGCCUUGGCCUGUCCCUGGAGUAUGAUACCCUCUCCCUCCCCAGGAGCCGAACGCUCGGGCGUAGGGGUGAAGGAGACACUACUGCCACCUACCCCCAGCCUCCCCGC